UUGAUGCAUAUUUCACACUAUGUUGUGGGAAUAGCUUCAGAUAUACGACAGAAGAUGAGUUCUCAGCAGUUUCCUCGAGCUGCUCUGCCUCCCUCUGCUGCUGCUCCUGCUGCACCGGGUCAGGCUUCUGCAGAUAGCAGCGGUGCAGGAACACAUUCAGUAGGCAGUGAGGACAGCAGCCGUGAAGUGGAUCACCCUCAGGAUCCUCCAUUGGGCAGUAGCAGUGGCAGCACAGGUGGACUUGCUUCAUUUCGUGAUGAUAAGCAGGAGACGGUGGUGGUCAGACCUUACCCGCAAGUCCAAGCUCCUGGCCAGCCUCCUGCUCUGCCCCAGCAUGUGCCGAUUCAGCCCAGCCCUCCGGUGACUCUGGCCACCCCAUCAGUCCAUUUACUGCAGGGCCAGCAACAAAGUCUCACUGAAGGCACAGUAAAGGCCCUGAAGCCACCAAUGCCCAGUCGUCUCAUAGCACCUGCUCCGGCAGUGAGCCAAGGACAUAUUCCUGUUCCAGCCAAAGUGUCUGGACACAUCACUGUUCCCCUCGAGAGCAGCAUCGCUCCAGCCUCAAUACCAGUGGCAACCAUCAGUGGUCAGCAGGGACAGAGUAACCUGCAUCAGCUAAUGGCCACUAAUGUGCAGAUCUUCAGGGGCAGUGCACCACUACAGAUUGGAGCUCCUGCUACUCCACACACCUUUACCUCCCAUCUGCCCAGAGGCGCAGCUGCUGCAGCUGUCAUGUCCAGCACUAAAGGCCCUAAUGUUCUCAGACCAGCGGGAGGAGGCAGUGCAGGCCCAAGCCAACCUGCAGCUGUGCAGCACAUUAUACAUCAGCCUAUUCAGUCUCGUUCUUUGGUGACCACAUCAACUGCUGUUCUACCCACAAUGGUUGCGCCAAUCCCAGCUGCUCGAACCCAGUCCCCGGUCAUCAACACCACUGUCACACACGCUACAGAGAUGGUUCAUGGGCGGCCAGUGGCCAUUCACCCUCCACCAACUACCAUCAACAUACAGCGUCCACCAACGCCCCGGGACACUGCAACUCGCAUCACCCUACCCUCACACCCAGCUAUAGGAGGCCAGAAGGCUCAGCCCCCUCAUACCGUCACACAAAAGCCAAUCUUCAACACUGUGACCCCUGUUGCUGCUGCCACUGUUGCUCCCAUCUUGGCUACCAACACAGUUCCUUCAGCCACUACUACAGGCUCUGCUUCGCAUACCCAAAUGACCAGUAGCACUAUUGUCACCAUGACAAUGGCUUCACACUCCUCUCAUGCUACAGCUGUGACCACCUCUGCCAUCCCUGUCGCUAAAGUUGUUCCUCAACCGAUUGCCCACACAUCACAUUCACCACGCAUCCAGCAGGAGUACUCCGGUGAAAGGCCCAACCUGAUUCCGAUCUCAGGUCAUCGUUCUUCUCCAAACCCUGUCACAAUGGAGGCUCGCAGUGAUAACAGACCAUCAGUGCCAGUGCAGUUUCAGUACUUUUUACCCACAUACCCUUCACCCUCAUACCCCCUGAGCCACACCUACACCCCCAUCACCAGCUCUGUCUCCACCAUCAGACCCUACCCAGUCACGGCUCCAGCUCAGAGCUCGGCUCUUCCUGCUCAAGCUGGUGUGGGAGUCGCCACCACAAUGCACUUGAACCAAAUGCAGCUGAUGGCACUGCCAUCUGCCCAAAUCAGCACCCAGAACAUCCAGCCAGCCUCUAUGACUGCUCAGGGCAUUCAGCCUGCACCAAUAGGAGUGCAAGGGCUGCAUGCCGCCACACCAAUCAGCACGCAGAGUGUACAGCAGGCUCCGGUCACCACACAACAGCCUCAGUCAGAAGCAAAACCAGCAGGUGUUGUUUUGGCUGAAAGUCCUUCUUUUGUCACCAAUCCAAUUGGAAGCACUUUUAGUGGCACUCAACCAGUCACUACCAUUGUGCAGACUCACACGGGCACAGGUGCACCCACACUUGUGUCCUCCCCUCGACCCAGCAUCCUUCGCAAAAAACCUAUAACUGAAGGGGCAGUGCGUAAAUGUCUGAUCCAAGCGCAGCCGAGUGAGCCUAACGCUGGCCGAGUGGAUAGUGGGAUAAGGCUGUCGGGAUCCCCUCGCCCUGCGGGCGUGAAGCCCAAACCUGAUGUUCAUGUUGCAAUGGCGCCUCCAGUGAUGGCAGCUGUGGAGGCUCUGGUGGGUCAUAUUGGUGAGCAGCAGACUCUGUCCACUCCUGUUCAGCAUCAUUCACAGGCCAUUCCCACCCUUCUGGCUCCACCUGCUCCAGCACCUCCCUCUCAGCCCACUGCUGUUCUUUCAGCCCUGCCCGCAACCAUGGCCGUCACUCCACCUGUGCCUGCCUCCAUGGCCAAUGCAGUGGCCUCUCCAACCCAACCAGCGGCCAGCAGUACAGCUGCUCUGAGCUCUACGCUUCCAGAGGUUAAAAUCAAACAGGAGGCCGAACCAAUGGACACCUCACAAGCAGUACCUUUAGCUCCUUCCUCGACGGGUCCAGCUCCAUCCCUCUCCUCGCAGUCCUCGGCUCUGACUGUAUCUGCUCAACCUGGAGAGCUCCUGCCUGGUGCCUCUCCAAGGAAGAAACCCCGGAAACAGCAGCAUGUGAUCUCCACUGAGGAGACGGAGAUGGUGGAGACCAACAGCACAGAUGAAGAGAGAGCUAGCAGUCGAGCUCCAGGAAACAGGCCGGAGAGACAUGAGUCUCCACCUAGGGAAUAUGUUGAUGAGGAUGGUGUUCGUUAUGUUCCGGUGCGUCCCAGACCUCCUCACACUCACCUUCGCCAGUACCGAAACCCAUGGAAAGCUGCAUAUCACCACUUCCAGAGAUACAGCGACAUCAGAGUCAAAGAGGAGAAGAAAGGAAGCCUUCAGGACAUGGCCAAUCAGAGAGGAGUAGCCUGUCGUGCUCAGGGCUGGAAAGUGCAUCUGUGUGCCGCACAGCUGCUGCAGCUGUCUAACCUGGAGCAUGAUGUGUACAGCCGGUUGACCACCCUGCAGGAAGGGCUCAUCCCAAAGAAGAGAGCUGGAGCUGAUGAUGACUUGCACCGCAUCAAUGAGCUCAUACAGGGUAACAUGCAGCGCUGCAAGCUUGUGAUGGAUCAGGUCACUGAAGCUCGCGACACCAUGAUGAAAGUGCUGGAUCAUAAAGACAGAGUUCUCAAGCUGCUCAACAAGAACGGAACCCCCAAGAAGAGCUCCAAAUUAAAGCGCAAAGAGCGGGCAUAAAUGCCAAACCAUGCUCUCUUCUCCUUCAGCGUAGUCCAACACCGGAAAGCUGGACUUAUCAGGUUGCUGUGCACAAUCAUCUACUUUUCUUUUAACAGUCUCAAAGAGAAAGAUAGACCUUCGUAAACCAUCAAACCAUUUUUAUAGGAACUGCUGCUUACUGUGGACUGCCAGACUGUCCAUUGGACGUGAGGCAGCCUGGAUAACCGAUGCUUUCUUUCGAUUUAUUUUUUUUCCCCUGAAGAAUUUUUCAUUUUAAAAGAACAUUGUGUUGACUUAUUAUUAUUUUUUUUUAUCUGUAUGGCAACACUUUUAUUGUAGGGGACUUUAAAGAUCAGAAAGGUCAUGUUUGUUAGAUGUUAUGUCUGCAUUUAGUCGGAUUCACAACAGUACUUGGUGCACACACUUAAAAUAAUGUGUGAACUUUCCAUGUUUGGUGCCUUGUAACAUGGAUGAUUCUUUUUCUUACGUUAAACACAAAAGUUAAAGAGGAAGACUCCCACAAAAGUCAACAAAUUGAGUCCAGGAUAAAAAAAAAAAAUCAAUCAAAGCUAAUAGUCUUGUACUAACCAGAUAUUAUGCCCUCUAACCGUUCUAGCUAGUAUUUUCUUUUUAUAUCACUGUAAACAUUCAAGCGCUCUAGUGACUGAUGAUAGUACAAAGCAGUGAAAUAUGUGUACUUGAAAGAAUCAGUAUAAUUAUGUGAAUUUAUAUUAUAAGAACGUCCGGAUUGUUUUAUGUCUCAAUGUGAGAAGAUUGUUGUUAAUGGAAGUGACGUGGUUUUCACUGUCCUGUUUGUGCUGUUUCACAGACUUUAAGUGAAUGUUGUUCUGCAUUUGAAUAAUAAUUUGGCUAUUUUGUACAUUUUCUUUUUCAUUCUUUGACUUUUUCUGUGUACUUUAUUAUGUGCUAUUGCAGUAAAACUGGAUACAUUUACAAA